CCAUAACCACUUUCUUCCAACUACCUAUACUUAUUCAUUAUAAGAUCUUGAACUCUUUUCGAUCUCAUUAUGAUAUUCGGAACCAUAAAGCCAAAGAAUGCCCUAGCUGUCAAAUAUGUGGCCCGCGGCGUGGAGUUUAUGGGUCCGCGCCCGGAGUUAGUCAUGUUUUGUCCAGGACAAGACCCUUUUUUUGUUUUAAACUUCCUAUACCACCACCAUAGAGUCCCUCCCGGCAAUCGCCCGUUAACCAAUAGUGACAUAGCGUGGAAGUUUGGACAAGGGACACCUGCACUAGGCCAUGCAGAUGUUGAUUUCAUCAUAACGGAGUCUAACAGCAAGCGCAUGCCAGAUAUAUCGAUGGAAAUAUACCCAGAGAUAAAAUCUGGCGCGCUCAUGUUGAAAAACCCAUCGACACAUCUUCUAAAGGUGGCGAACGGUUCAUCCGAAGGUGGCGACCUCGUUUUGGGACAAGGUGAAACGGUACAUCUUUGGAAAGAAUCGACCACGGUGCGCUUAUUUACAAGGUCUCCUAGAACAUAUUUAGAGUUUGAAAUAAAACUAUGGUGUUCCAGCAAGGAGCAUUAUGUUAUGGAACGCGAUGAUUUUUUUCGCAGAAUUCGGCCCAACUAUCACCCUAUGCCUGGGUUGAAUCCCCUUCCCUCCCCGACCCAUCAAGAGGUCAGCGACAUCAUUGUUCACGGUCUUCCGGUCAGGGAGGCCUCAGGGAACCAUGUUUACUCUGCUAUACACAAGAUGACUGGUGAGCCGCUAGUUAUCAAACGACUCGAGAUCCUCGAAGGUGAUGACGUGGGACGGAGGAUCGACUCAAUACGCAAUGAGGUCCAAAUGUCCAGGGCGACUCGGAACGGCUUUACUGCGUAUAUAGAUAACAUAUGGUAUUCACAUGGUGUGUCAGUUGAACCUCAACUCGCCCCAGCUACAUGUUUCUUGGUUAUGGGAAAAGCCGACAGUAAUAUGCGAUAUUUCCUUGCAACGAAACGGGAGAUAGGUAUCGGAUACCGCCUCCAAUUACUAAACGCCGUGUUGAUUACGAUGUACGAACUCCAUCAAGUUGGCGUCUUCCACCGGAAUAUCUCCUUAAAGAGUGUUCUUAUCCUCUGCAAGAGAGAUCUAAAUGAUGAGUUGAUGUAUCAUCCAAUACUUGGCGAUUUUAGCCGAGCGACUAAGUUGGAGAAAGAUACUGAGGAGAAUCUUGGACCUGCUCAUACGGUUGCCCCAGAGGUUGGUAGAGGUGAAUAUGCCUGUGCUCCUGUCGAUAUUUGGGACUUCACAGUGCUAUGCAUCUCCGUUCUCGAGGGUUGCGUACCAGAGGGCAACAAUGAUGUUGGUGCGGUUGGUAUUCUCAAACCUCUUGAUAGGCUAAACGCGCUUUACGCAUCCAGCGUAAUUGGCCUCGAUUUAUAUAAUAUUCUCCGCAAGGGAAUAGCAGAAAAUCCCGAGGAGAGGAUAUCGGCUCGCGAGAUGUGGCAAAGCGAUGUUUGGAGCGCCAGGAAUGCCGGUUAAGGUAUAUUUGCUUUGGUGUUGAAGGAAUCGGGGCAUGGGAAAGACAUGAUGUUUAGACGACGGCCGAUUAAGGUAUAUUUGCUUUGGUGUUGAAGGAAUUGAAGGAAUCGAGGCAUAUCAAAGAGAAAUCGUCUUAAUUGGGUAUACUUCAAGUGAGUUAUUAAUUGAAAUGGUUAAUUGAUUGUAAUAAUUUGGCAGGAUGGUAAAUGUUGUAAUUAUCGUCCACAAGUAGUGAGCAUUAAUAUUCUCCGGACCUUUUUGCUGAGCUGGCUCAAAAAGCGCCUUAACCACUUGAAGUGACGCUAAAUCUUUCUAGCGCUACCCUAGCUUCAAUCUCUAAAGCCUUUCAUUGGAUGCAUCCUCUAGUCUAGCGGGUUCGCUCAAUCCCUGAUUAAAUAGGUACCUACCCUACC